GGGAUAAGACCUCGGGAUCCACGAUGGGUUUGAGAGGGAUCGCGAGAGAGUGCGCGUUCUCCAGGGCUAGGCUAGGCUAGGGAUCGAUCGAUGCGCGAGUAAGGCGGCGAAAUCUGGGAGCGCGUCAAUCGGCGUGGCGGAGCUGCAUUGUGAUCCUUGGCAGAGCGGCUGCGGCGCUGGGUAUUUAGGGGAUUUGGCGCUCGAUCCGGCCAGAGCAUGGCCGGGAGCUGGGGCAGCGGCGCCUAUCUUUUCGCAAUGCAGAUCCUCGUCGCCAUUCUCGCCAUGUCGGUCGCUCUUUCCGCCGCGGACGCUGGCGCUGCUCCUCGGCACAGCAACGCGUACGCGACGAUGAUGUACAUGGGGACGCCCCGGGAUUACGAGUUCUUCGUGGCGAUCAGGGUCAUGAUGCAGUCCCUGGCGCGGCACAAGGCCGAUGCCGAUCUGAUCGUCAUCGCCUCGACGACUGUGCCGCCGCGCUGGAUUCGCACGCUGAACAAAGAGGGCGUCAAGGUUGUCUCGGUCACCGAUAUCCCAAAUCCAUACAAGGGGAUGGAUGGAUUCAACGAUCGAUUCAUGUUCACGCUCAACAAAAUCUACGCGUGGUCUCUCACAGACUACGAGAGAGUGGUGAUGCUCGACGCCGAUAACAUGUUUUUGCACAACACGGACGAGCUCUUCCAGUGCGGGGAGUUUUGCGCGUGCUUCAUCAAUCCCUGCUACUUCCACACGGGCCUUUUCGUUCUCAAGCCUUCCAACGAGACGUUCCAGGACAUGCUCGAGGUCAUAAAGGAGGGAAGAGAGAACAACGAUGGCGCCGAUCAGGGGCUUUUGACAGCCUACUUCAGUGAUCUUUUGGAAAGGCCACUGUUCACCCCUCCCCGAAAUGGAUCGAAAUUGGACGGCUUGUAUCGUCUUCCUCUCGGAUACCAAAUGGACGCUUCAUAUUACUGUAAGUCCGGCUGUGGUGGUGGUUUUUUUUUCUUCUCUAGUUUUUUUGUUUGGUGCGCUCGCUGGCGUGCUGGAUCUUUCAUGUACUUAUCCUUUACGUUACCAGAUUUGCGUCUCAAGUGGAAUGUCCCAUGCGGGCCAAACAGCGUAAUCACAUUUCCAAGCAUUCCACUACUCAAGCCAUGGUAUUGGUGGGCCUGGCCGGUCCUUCCUCUUGGACUAUCGUGGCAUGAGCAGCGAAGAAAAUCCAUCGGAUAUGGUACCGAGAUUCCGAUCCUGGCAGCGGAAUCCAUUUUCUACCUCAUAACCAUGACUGUCUCGUUAGUCAUACGCCGCAGAUUUUCGUCCUCCGAGAAAGUCCCCCUCAAAUCGUGCCUAGGUAGGUGUCCUUGUCCCGAUCUAACACAAUUCUUUUAUCGCCUAGUUGCCAAGCUGUCCCCGGUUGUCGCCAUUGUUAUGUGCUUCGUCCUUCCCUUCUUUGUCAUCCCGACUACAGUUCAUCCUGUGAUGGGCUGGAGUGUCCUGCUUCUCGGUUCUCUUUCCUACUUGGUCAUCACUGCAAACGUCUUCCAGUUGCCAGUCUUUCCCACCAUGACUCCCUGGGUCGGUAUCGCUGGUGUCCUCGUCGUCAUGGCCUUGCCGGUCUACGUGAAUGGGAUUGUGAGAAGCCUCGCCAUUGGAACUUAUGCGUUCCUUGCGGCGCCCUUCUUGUGGUGGGCUUUGAGAGUCGUGGCUAGCAGGGAGGUGGGGUUUGCGAGAGAGGCACUCAUGGCCUAUGGGAGGCAAGAGCCGCAGCAGUCAGCCGAGAUGAUGAAGCUUUGUUGAUUGAUGGAGUGAAGAAAACCCGGCGGCACGACGAUGAGAGCGACAAGAACUGCUGCUGCUACUAGUACUACUACUUCUGCGACGAUCAGAAUUAUAUCCAGGUUCGGAGGGAGGUGUGUUUUUGUCGUAGCGGCAUUUUUCUUUUACUGAUUUUCUCUCUAACCAUUUUGACACGGCUAACUACAAAGUGAAGGGAGGAGAUAGAAAGAGAGAGAGAGAGGGGAGAGCUCCCAGCACUGUACGUGUGCUCGCUGGUGAGAUUUGCUCCUUAAAGAGCCUGCUUGCCUUUGCAGGGGAAUGUUUCAGGCACUUAUGGUCCGAUAGCGAAAAGAAAAAGCUUUAAUUUUGUUC